CCCCAGAUCAGAGUGACUGAUGAGCGGUGAGAGUCGCUCGGAGAGCCGGGAGCGUAUCGGACACCUGAACCGCUCUGAGAUCAGAUCAGUGACGGACCAUUCUCUAAAACCUCCACACAGAAAACUGGAUGUGUUUCACCUGAGCUGCUCCGGACCGCGUUCCACCUGUAUGUAUGGAGAGGCAGGCGGUGCAGCGGGCCAGGGAGGCCUUCCUGAGCGGCCGCGCUCGGCCUCUGGAGUUCAGGCUGCAGCAGCUUCACGCUCUGCAGAGGAUGAUCACUGAGAAGGAGACUGAGAUUUCCACCGCUCUCAAACAGGACAUCAACAGGAGUCAGUACGACACGCCGCUGCUGGAGCUGAUCGGCAUCGAGAACGAGAUCAAGCUGGCCACGGAGAAGCUGGCAGAGUGGGCGGCUCCUCGCCACGUGGAGAGGAACAUCCUCACCAUCUCAGACGAGGUCUAUAUUCAGCCCGAGCCCCUGGGGGUGGUGCUCAUCAUCGGGGCCUGGAACUACCCCUGGGCCCUCACCCUCCUGCCCCUGGUCGGAGCUAUCGCUGCAGGGAACGCAGCUGUGGUGAAGCCGUCGGAGCUCAGCGAGUACUCCUCCCUCCUGCUGCGGGCGCUGCUGCCUCGGUAUCUGGACAAGGAUCUGUACCCGGUGGUGACGGGCGGAGCUUCAGAGACGCAGGAGCUGCUGAGGCAGAGGUUCGACCACGUCUUCUACACAGGAAGCAGCUCGGUCGGCAAACUGGUGAUGGAGGCCGCAGCUCGCCACCUCACCCCCGUCACCCUGGAGCUGGGCGGGAAGAGUCCCUGCUACAUCGACAGGAACUGUAACAUCAGAACCGCCUGCCGUCGGAUCACCUGGGGAAAGUUUGUGAACUGUGGUCAGACGUGCAUCGCUCCGGACUUCAUCCUGUGUGAACCGUCCAUCCAGGGACAAGUGGUGGACCGGAUCCGACAGACUCUACUGGAGUUUUACGGUGCGGAUCCUAAAUGCUCCCCGGACUACGGCCGAGUCGUCAACCAGCGUCACUUCAACAGAGUCAUGAGUCUGAUGGAGGGGUACACUCCUGUGGUGGGGGGCCAGAGUGACGCCUCCCAGUGCUACAUUGCCCCCACAGUGCUGAAGGACGUGCCCCCCCACUCCAGACUGAUGCAGGAGGAGAUCUUCGGCCCCCUGCUGCCCAUCGUGACCGUGAGCGACAUGGACGACGCCAUUCGCUUCAUCAACGAGAGAGAGAAACCUCUGGCCCUGUACAUCUUCUGCUCUGACAAGAAGGCUGUGAAGAGGAUGAUAGAGGAGACCACAAGUGGAGGAGUGACGGUCAACGACGUGAUGAUGCACUACACGCUCAGCUCUCUGCCGUUUGGUGGCGUUGGUCAGAGUGGUAUGGGCCGUUACCAUGGCAAACACACCUUUGAUCAGCUGAGCCACCAGAGGGCGUGUCUGGUCCGCUCUCUGGGCAUGGAGAGCGUGAACCUGGCUCGGUACCCUCCUCAGGACCGCCGGCGGGCGCGCAGGGUGAGGAUGGCCCUGAAGUCGCCCCUGAUCGACACGUCAAAGAGGACGUUCAUCUGGGCUGUCAUCGCCACCGUCAUCGGCUUCGGCCUCUUCAUCACGCUCCUCGUCAUCCUGCUCAUCGCUGCCGGUCUCAACUGCACCUGCUGGUACUGGAGAGGCUUCUAUAACUAGAGACACUGAACUUCUCUGAGGCCGAAGAAGAAGAAGAAGAAGAAGGAGACGUGCCUGUGACGUCUUCUAUGAUUAGAACAUGAAUUGUGUUUCACAUUCAGAUAUUUAAAGAUAAAUAAGAGGAUAACCUUUAGAUCUAACGUUUAUUUUCUGUGUGUUUUGUUCUAUAUCAGAUGAACCUGGUUCUCUCUUCUUCAGGAGUUUAAACACAUUUCAUCAUGAA